AACGCCAGUACGUUACAGUGCUAGUCAUUGCCCACGCUGAAUGUUAACGAACGUGGUACAGUGACUUUGCCCAUCUUUCAAUUUCGGGUUUUAGGAUUUUUCAGGCAGAAAUUCUCCACAACUUGCUCGAAAGGAUUGAAAUGUUACAGUUUAGGUUUUCGGCAGUGCUGAAGGAGUUGUUUCAAUCCAACCUAAAGCGCCCUUUGACAGGUAUUACAAGAAAUAAAACGUCGUUACCAAUCCACUACUGCUCCAGCAACGCCUCUCUUGAUGUCCAAGUCAGCUUCAAAUUGAAGCUUCUCCAUGCCGGUGUCCACCGCCCUUUGCUUUGCGCCGCACCUGGGACCCGGACUUACUGCACGAAGACCGAAGGUGCUGCUAUACCUGUGACCGAAAGUGCUAUACCGGUGACCGACCAGGAGAAGAAAGAUGAGACUGCCACAGAAGCAGCGACGGAGAAGAGAAGGAAGGCAGGCAUCCUGCCCAGUCUGGAGGACCUGCUCUUCUACACCAUCGCAGAGGGCCAGGAGAAGAUCCCCGUCCACAAAUUUCUCACAGCAUUAAAGGCCACAGGACUACGCACAGGAGAUCCCCGGCUGAAGGAAUGCAUGGACACCCUUAAAGUAACCCUGAAGAACACCUCGGACGGAGUCAUGCUGGACAGACACCUCUUCAAGAAAUGUGUCCAGAGCAACAUAGUCUUGCUCACCCAGGCCUUCCGCAAGAAGUUUGUCAUCCCCGACUUCCAGUCCUUCUCUUCUCACAUCGACGAGCUCUACGAGAGUGCCAAAAAUCUGACCGAAGGCCAGGUUGGUAAUCAGCCCAUCCCGGGGGAGGUUGCAGACUACAUUCCCCAGCUUGCCAAAUUUAGCCCAGACCUGUGGGCCGUGUCUCUGUGUACAGUGGAUGGACAAAGACACACGGUAGGCGACACCAAGGUCCCCUUCUGCCUGCAGUCGUGUGUGAAGCCGCUGAAGUACGCCAUCGCGGUGCACGACCACGGCACCGAGUACGUGCACCGCUUCAUCGGGAAGGAGCCCAGCGGCCUGCGCUUCAACAAGCUCUUCCUGGACGAGGACGAUAAGCCCCACAACCCCAUGGUGAACGCCGGCGCUAUUGUUUGCACCUCACUGAUAAAGCAGGGCGCGAGCAAUGCUGAGAAGUUUGACUAUGUCAUGAACUUCCUGAAUAAGAUGGCAGGAAAUGAGUAUGUAGGCUUCAGCAACGCCACAUUCCAGUCGGAGCGUGAGUCAGGAGACAGGAAUUUCGCUAUCGGCUACUACCUGAAAGAAAAGAAGUGCUUUCCUGAGGGGACAGACAUGACGUCCAUUCUGGAUUUCUACUUCCAGCUAUGCUCCAUCGAGGUGACCUGCGAGAGCGCCAGCGUCAUGGCGGCCACCCUGGCCAACGGCGGCUUCUGUCCAAUCACGGGCGAGCGCGUGCUGAGCCCGGAGGCAGUGCGUGACACGCUGAGCCUCAUGCACUCCUGCGGCAUGUACGACUUCUCUGGCCAGUUCGCCUUCCACGUGGGCUUGCCAGCCAAGUCGGGCGUGGCAGGGGGCAUCCUUCUGGUGGUGCCCAAUGUCAUGGGCAUCAUGUGCUGGUCUCCUCCGCUGGACAAGCUGGGCAACAGUGUCAGAGGCAUUCAGUUCUGCACGGACCUGGUGUCUCUCUUUAACUUCCACAACUACGACAACCUGAGGCACUUUGCCAAGAAGCACGAUCCUCGCAGGGAGGGAGGCGACCAGAGGCAGUUUACCUUCGGACCAAUGGAUUACGAGAGCCUUCAGCAAGAGCUAGCUCUCAAAGACUCUCUGUGGAAAAAGGUGGUGCCCACUGAUUGCCAUGAGGACAGCUCCACCACUGUAGUCUAUAGGAUGGAGAGUGUCGGGGAGCGCAACUAGGACCCACUCUCUUCUCCCUUCCUCCCACCUUCUCCUGUCCCCUUUCUACACCCAUAUAUGACUUCAUAUAUUUAUAUAAAUUAUCAAGAGGAUUAUUUAUUUCUAUAAGUUUUUUUUUAUUUUUUAUUUUACAUAAUGUAAUGUCACAUUAUGUACUGGUGAUGAAUGAUAAUUGAUCCUACCUGGGUUACUGUACCUUUUCUUUUUUUUCUGUCUCCGUGGCUGCAAUCCAAACGCUUAACAGACACACCCUCAGCCCUCAAAUGAAGUGGACACUUCUGAUGAUAUAUCAUGAUGUCUGACGAGUUGACACUUGCAGGGCGAGUUAGGAAGGAAUGAUUUUUAAAUGGACCGCCCUUGCCCGGAAAUUCGUCAAUCGUUCAUCCCGCAACGAUUGUGUUUUCAUUCACCGGUAGCUUGUGCGUGCUUUAUAUGCGCUCCAGUCAAAUAUGAGUGCAUGUCUACUUAUAUUAACUACAUAAUUAUUAAUAUAUGCCUACUGUAUCAUAGCUAGAAAAUGAAUUAGCUAACUAACCUGUCUAGCUGGAACUUCUGAAGAAGGGGAAUGUUUUAUUUAUACAAUUUCCAAAAGCUAACAAAACAAAAACAUAAUUACUUUUAUUAGACGUGUUUGUGUAGCACAAUUUGUAACUUCUUUACCUUCGUUUUUACUUACACUUGUAUGUUGACUCCAUAUUGACGUUGAGGUUUUAAGUUUUGGCGGACUUUUCUUAGCGGAUGUACAAUCAUUGCGAAUUGAAUUAUUGGGUGUUUCAGGCCCCGACGCGAACAUAAUUGUACACUCUCAAACUCUAUGAAAAACGAGGUCUGAGGGGCUUACGUUGCAAACUUCCCUUGCUUGGCUAAUCAUUUGGACCGACGACAAAUAUGGCUGUGGGGAUUCCCCCAAGGGAAUAAGGCGAGGGUAAGUGGACGAGGGUGUGUCUUUUAUGAGUUUGAAAUGCAUCCCUUGUGUUUUUGGGGUCCCUGCAGAGCUGAGGGAAGCCCUUCCAGCUGCCUGUCUAGAAUGUCAGACUUUAGGGGCCUGAAGGGAUUGCCUGGCUCAGAUCGAGGCUUUGCAAGUAGACUUGAUCCAUCAUUUCAUGUGUGCUUCAAUAUCUACUGACAGGUUUGAAGUCCUGUAUCUGUCGAACAGGCCAGUGUGGGUAUUAGGCCCAUUGUAAUGUGUUUGUUAACCAAAGCGAGGGAGGUUUUCUCAAACCAAAAGCCAAGGGAAGAUGUGGAGUGUUGUGCUUUGACACAUAUAAAUAUAAUGUAUCUCAUUGUAUUUAUAUGCGUUGACAGGCUCUUGAGGUUACUACAAGCUUAACUCUGUUGAUCUAUGUGUGUGGGUGAAGUGGGAUUUUUGAAGUAGAGGACACCUUUUGGUAACAGGAUAUCCUUCAUUUUUUGAAGACAAGGAACAGUAGCCUUCCUUUGCUUAUAGUAGCUAGCUGGCUUUAACCUGGCUAAAAACAUAGCAAGCUAGCUAGUCUUUUUAGCUCCCCACAUCUCCAUGUGAAAUAAUCCGAUUUAUCAUUUAGAAAUAUGCCCUGGCAAAUGUUCUUCUACUUGCUGGUGUAACCUGAAACAUUAUCCCAGUUUGAUAUACUGCUUGUGUAUUCAUUCCCAUAUCAGUUAAAAAUAGAACAGCAUGUUUUGGUCAUGGAGUAAAAAAGCACAUGGCUAGCAAGUUGGCUACAGCAGGUUCUACCAUUUCACAGUAGCCUGGAAUCACUAGUUACUAUUUCUAAACAAAAUAAUGUUUUGAGUGGAUUCAGUUGCUGAGAUCAUAUUUGGUUAUCAAUGCAAAAUAGUCUACUUUGAUGAAUUGCCUAUAUAUAUAUAUAUAUCAGAUCAAGGAACCAAGCAAUAAUACUGCCCCCACGGCUGCAGAAGUAAUGAUACUGCAUGUCUCAAUUUUCAGGUAGUAGAACAGUCCGCCCCUUUUGUGAUGAAAAACGACAUUGCAACUCUCCGAUAUUUUCGUCUGCAUAGAGCUUGUAGUAUGCUUUUAGAAGAGCAAACUGAGAUUAUAACGAUAAGGCACUUAUCAGGCGUGACACGGAGACGAUAUCAGUCGGACCAUUCUAACUUGCAUACCAGUGCUUUACCUUUCACAUACCAGCAACGCAUCUCACAUGAGCCGAUUUCUCAACUGCUGUUGAGUGGACCGAAGCUUUUCAUCAAGGACGUGAAAGGUGAUUCAUUCCACCCCCUUUUGUGUGCACCUUUUUGUAUUUGAGUGGUGUGUGUACCGUGUCGAUCUAAGCUGUGACGCAUGCUGAGGGGACAUUGACCCUGGCUCAGACAGACAAGACACCGCACAAACCUUUAGUUUUCAUGACAUAGCCUAGUAGAAUCCUGCUGGAUCUAUUCCAUAGGCAGUUGCAGUAUGUAUAUGUCAGAUGGCAUAUCAUGGUUAUAUAGGUCAUACGUAUAUGUAUUGUACAAGUCAGUAUACCAUUUGAAAGUGUGAUCACACAUUGUUACCAAUUAUAUUUAAUCUGUAUUAUUACUGUGAAUUACGCUUAGCUACCCUUAAAGAGGAAGAGGAAACCAGUCCUCUUAUCUAUACUGUAGUUUAAGAAUGCAUCAUGUUUAUUGCCAUAUGCACUGUACAGUAUCUACAGUUUUCCCAAAGACUAUUUGCCUGACGUGUGUUUUGGGAUGAUUGUUAUCUUGCAGUAAGCUUGAUGAAGCUCAACAGCAGCGCAGAACGGCAAGGGAAUCAACUUAUUUCACAAACGUUGGCCACAUUUGCACAUGUACGUCAACCAAGGCCGUGGGUGUCCUGCUGCUGGGGAUGUUUUUCUUUCAAUGUUUUUAUCCAAUCAUGCUUGAAACUGAACUGUUGAAUUGGUAUACACUGUAUGUUACGCAUGGCUUCGUCAUGAAUGUGCUCUUCUCGUGGGUCCAUAUAAGUCUAUGGGUCCCAUACCGGUCAAGGUUGGGGUCAAUUUGAAUUGAAGUCAAUUCAGGAAGUGCUUUAAAUGUAAAAUUCAUAAAUGGAAAGAAUUUUGAAAGAUACAUGGCUUCUCCCUUUCAGUUUGUUGACAAGUUAUUGAACGUAGAUGCCCUGUUUUUCAAUUAUUGAAUUAGAAUUUAUUAAUUUAAUUGGAAUUACUGACUUGACCCCACCCUAUCCCAUAUACUUUUAGUUAGUUAUUAGCUUCUUUUAGUAUCAGACUUACUUCAAAUAUAUUUUUGUUGUUUUGUCAUGUCUGUAUGCUUGGACUUCAUUUAAAAUUGUGAUUUGGAACUAGGACUACUAUUUCACUAAGGAUGUUUUUUUUUUAAGUGUAGGCCUUUGAGAUGUCAGUCAGUGUGUGGUGCAAAGCAUUACAAGUCUCUGUCACUGUGGAGUGAAGCUAGCUGUAGCUAGCCUAGCAGCUAACGUUAACUUGCUUGCUAAUGCUAAUUUACCAAAUAAUUAGUUCUGUUAAAUCAAUCCUAUUUAUUUGUACUGAAAUUGUAUCUUUUUUUCUGCUACUCGUGUUUUCUGAAACACGUUUGAGUGGGUUUUCUAGUGUCUUGCCCAUGUUGACAUAAUAUGGAGAAUGCAGGGGCUGAAAGCUUGCAAGACUUAGGAGUUAGGUUGACGUUAGAGGCUACAGGAGGAAGUUAUGGGGCUUACUGAACCUUUCUACUCUACUGCAAAAUGUGUCUAAUAACCCCAAUCAAAUUUUACACAAGGGUUUUUUUGAAUGCCAUACCAGUAUUUUCAUUACAAUUUAUGAUUUUUAUGAUUUCACAGCAACAUGUUUAAUGUUUCCCACAAUGUCAUUAUUUUACUAUUUCUUUCAAAUGGCAUAUUUUUGUAUGAUUUAAUAAAUGUGUUUGAAUCCCACAUUGAUAUUUUAAAGUUCAUUUUAGUCCUCCUUGCAUGUUUAUUUUUCUGUUUCAUUCCAUAUCUGUGCCUUGGAGAAAACAGCUGUAGCCCUCCAAGUCUAAUACACUAUACACACCAGCAGCCUGCACUGUUAACUUAUUGAGAAUGUGUAUCAGUGCAUUUAACAUGAACUUCUCGUGAGCUCCUCAGAUCUUAACCGGAUCUACCUGGAAUGUUGAUUUAUUACUCUAACUCAAACUGGUUUUGGUGUCUUGGGCAUAAAAGGGUGUUGCUUUCUCCUCAUAGUAAAGACACUGACUCUUGGUUUGGAUGAAAACACUAGGUAUUUGUCUUGUAGAACUUUGUAGUUCUACAAGAGGCCAGUAUUGCAAAUACAAGCAAAGAGCUUCAGUAGUUGUAAUGCUAGAAGUGUGUUGCAAUGACAGGUGAAGUACUUGUUGAAAUCAUGUUGCCUUGCUGCCAUGUUAUAAACCAAUAAAGUACUAUAACCAACAAAUACCUGUUUGUCAAAUUACCACAACUGAAACUAAGUGGUUUAGCCCUUUUGUUUUAUUAGUUAACAGAUUUUGUGAUAGCACUUUGUUAUAUUGUUUCCACUGGUAUUCAACUGGUAUUCGCUUACUAGGAAAUUGUGGUAUCAAUGGGUAGUUUUUGAUACUUACUUUCAACACAAUUGGUAAUUUUGUAUCUGGUUUGUACUAAACGGUGCCUAGAGGUUUUAAUGAUUCUUAAACAAUCUGUAACAAUCAGUAAUUUAAUGUUAACUAGUUGGUUAUUCUUAUGUAAUUACAUAUACUUCCCAAGUAAAUACUGUACCUGAUCAUGUCUUUGUGUGAUAAAUACUUUGAAAGGGCA